AUGGAUGUUAUAUAUAAAAAGACAUUAAUUUAGUGGUAAAUGGAAUUAUAAUGCAAUGUCUCUUGUAGCAUGGGAUGAUGUAUGUGUGCCAAGGAAAGAAGGGGGACUAGGGGUGAAGCAAUUGCUGCAUUGGAAUAAGGCAGCAUUAGGCAAAUUGGUUUGGAAUAUAUGUCAACAUCAAGAGUCGCUAUGGGUUAAGUGGGCACAGGUGGUGCUGUUGAGGGGUGAAAAUUUUUGGAAGGUUAAAAUCCCAGCGGAUUGUGCUUGGACAUGGAGGCAAGUUUUAAAACUUCGUCCUCUACUGAAAAAUAUCAUUUGGAUGCAAGUGGGAGAUGGAAGACAAGUUUCACUAUUCUAUGAUUGGUGGGCAGGUGAGUUAAGGUUUUGUGAGUUGAUCUCAAGGGAUGAGAUUGCUGUUUGGGGCCAUGACCUUACAGUUAGUAAGUGGUGGGAUGGUUUAGAUUGGACCAUUCCAGAUAGUUUUGUGAGAAGACAUCCCAUGCUUGUCCAGAUUAUUAGAUGUCAAAAACUAUCUCAACAAGUGGACAAUGCUGUAUGGAAACCUGCAAAGAAUGGUUUGUUUACUAUUUCGAGUUGCUAUGAGUUCCUAAGAGUGAAACGCCCUAAGAUAACCAAAAAGGUUGAGUGUUGAAUGGCUAUGGUUAAAGAAGACAUGUAAAGGCCGAUCGACGCAGUCAAACAAGUUGAAGGUUGCGGUAGCUGCCAUUAUAUAUAUGAUUUGGCAGGAAAGAAAUAGGAGAGUAACUCUUAGUAAGUUUUUAGUUGAAAAGGACGUAUAUAAUAAAGUAGUUAAUUUUUU